GUUGACCAACACAACCAUCUUCAUCACAAGAAACUGGUGUGUUGUCCUCUAAGACUUACCUGCUCAAAAAGCUGACAAUAUCGAGAUUUCAAUGGCCACCAGAAUCUUUGUCUCUCUCUCCAUAUAUUUUAUGUAUCUAUCUCUCUCUCAUUAUUACUUCUCUACUUAUAUACAACCACAUUGUCUUGUUUAGAGUCCCAAAAAAACAAGUGAAGUGAAAAGAAAGAUCAUCAAGUCCGGAAAUCAAGAAUGCCAAGAAACGUCUAUGAACCUUUGAAGACAUAUUUUCUCCAGGUUAACAUCAACUGCCAAGGAUGUAAGAGGAAAGUGAAGAAAACACUGAGAAAAGUUGAAGGUGUUUACUCUGUUGAUAUAGACACAGAUCAGCAAGUCGUGAUUGUUAGAGGUAACUUAGAUCCAGAGGUUUUGUUCAGGAAGUUGAACAGAAUCGGGAAACAUGCUCAGCCCAUGUUCUUGACCCCUUACCAUCAAGCUGGUCUUAACCAAGAGAACAUAAGCUUGGGGAACACACAAUACAACUUCGGAAGAAAUCUCAACAAUGUCCCAAGUUAUGAAUGGCAGAGUCAUAAUCAGAGUGAUGAAGAGAUGAUGAUGAUGAACAUGAAACCUGUGAUGAUGAACGAUGCUGAUUACUUUGAUCUGAGCAAUUCACCUGAAGAUUUCCAAGAGCUAUUCGGAGAAAUACCACAAAGACACAACAGCUAUGAAGAGGUGAAACCAAAUCUGAUGAUGGACAUGGAUCUUGGAUAUUCUAAUGCAUACCCUGCAGCAGAAGCAAUGAAUAUGCAGAGUGGAGGAAGAGUAAAUAAUAUGAUGAUGAAUGAGAGAGCUUUCCGUGGCCAGAUGAUGAACGGUCCAACUCUUGUUCCUCAGUCUAUGAAUCAUGAACAGUUCAGCUCAAGACCACUUCAGUCUAUGAAUCAUGAACAGUUCAGCUCAAGGCCACUUCAGUCUAUGUAUUAUGAACAGCUCAGCUCAAGGCCACUUCAUGGCUUUUACUACUGAUUGAAGUUAGCGUAACUAGAUAUGUGUGUUUUCACUCCUUGGUUUCAUUUCAAGCAUAUUAGUAUAAUCUUUUUUUAUGUUUGGUUCAAUGUUGGUUAAG